UUCUAAGAAAGGAGAACGAAGGCAGGGAAGGGGAAAUGGAGUCAACUUGGAAGUUGCAAGAUGGAACAACUCCAACGAUGUGACUUUCCACAUUAAAUAGCUUCCAAUAGCAGGUAUCCAUCUAGGGUUCAAAAACACGGAAUCAGGAUCUCUUUUAAACUCUGAAUUGCGGGAAAAUCAAAUACCCAACUCAAGAACUCGAUUUGGCCGAGCAAUUCAAUUACUGGGAGAUACAGGAAUACUUCUACAGUGAAGAGUUUCUGCUUUGCGCUUAAGUUUUGAACUUCCAUUGCCCUGAAGCUCUGACCCUCUUGUUAACAGUGUACAGAGAGAGAUGGGUGGAUGUUUAUCGGACACAAAGGGAGGACAACAGGCCGUAGGUGGGGGACAACAAACGCCCAUGCCCAUGACCGACGUAAGAGCUGCUGAACCCAAUGACGCAAUUGACUACUUCUUCAGGUCUCGCGGUUAUCAUGGCCUCCUCACCCAACUCGAGUUAUCAUUAUCUGCUGCAAAUUUACGUGAUCGGGACAUCUUUUCAAAGAGUGACCCUAUUGCCGUAGUGUAUACAAAGAAAAGGGAUGGAACACUUGAGGAACUUGGUCGUACGGAAGUAAUUAUGAACACGCUCGACCCUGUUUGGAUUGAAAAAAUUCCUAUUGCUUAUCAGUUUGAGAUUGUUCAGCCAUUAGUGUUUCAUGUGUUUGAUGUUGACACCAAAUAUCACAAUUUACCUGUGAAGACGCUGAGGUUGAACGAGCAAGAAUUCCUUGGAGAAGCUAGUUGUGUUCUGUCAGAGAUAGUGACUAAACAGAGUAGGAGUCUGACGCUUCAUCUACAUAACAGAAAUGGGCAUGGAGGCAUGAAAAGAUUAGGAACAGUUACUGUCCGUGCAGAGGAAACAAAUGCUUCGAGGGAAGCUGUCGAGAUGAUGCUCCGUUGUUCUCACUUGGAUAACAAGGAUCUCUUCUCUAAAAGUGACCCUUUCUUGAGAAUUUCUAGAAUUGUUGAGAGUGGUGGUGCUAUUCCAAUUUGCAAGACGGAAGUGGUUAAUAACAACUUAAAUCCUACUUGGAAGCCCCUCCGGCUGACCAUGCAGCAAUUUGGAAGCAAGGAUAACCCACUGGUUAUAGAGUGCUUUGAUUUCAAUGACAGUGGCAAGCAUGAACUUAUAGGACAACUUCAAAAAUCAGUAGCUGACUUGGAGAAAAUCUACAAGGAAAAAAUUGGAGUUAACUUUCAUUUGCCACCUUCUUUUCACCAUGGCCAUGAGAAGAUUUUGAAAGGCCAACUGUUUGUGGAUGGGUUUUCUGAGAAAAUAGUGUACAGUUUCCUGGAUUACAUUUCUAGUGGCUUUGAGCUUAACUUUAUGGUUGCUGUUGACUUCACAGCUUCAAAUGGAAAUCCCCGGCUCCCAGAAUCCUUGCACUACAUUGAUCCUUCAGGUCGAUUAAAUGCUUACCAGCAGGCUAUAAUGGAGGUUGGAGAUGUCAUCCAAUUUUACGAUUCCGACAAGCGUUUUCCUGCUUGGGGUUUUGGUGGAAGGCUAAGUGAUGGUGUUGUCUCUCAUUGUUUUAACUUGAAUGGAAAUGCUAUAGAUAGUGAGGUGGAAGGAGUUAGUGGCAUCAUGUCUGCUUAUGCAAACACACUACGUACUGUUGCUCUUGCCGGGCCCACUUUAUUUGGGCAAGUUAUCAACAGAGCUGCACAAAUUGCAAGCCAGACUUUCUCACGCAAGUACUUUGUUUUGCUCAUCAUUACGGAUGGAGUGCUUACUGAUCUUCAAGAAACUAAAGAUGCUCUUGUAAGGGCAUCCGAUCUACCAUUGUCCAUUCUUAUUGUUGGAGUGGGAGGUGCAGAUUUUAAAGAAAUGGAGAUCCUUGAUGCUGAUAAGGGACAUCGAUUAGAGAGUUCUACAGGACGGGUAGCCACACGCGACAUCGUGCAGUUUGUUCCAAUGCGUGAGCUGCAUGGUGGUCAGAUUUCUACUGCCCAAGCCCUGUUGGAAGAACUGCCAGGGCAGUUUUUGACCUACAUGCAAGGCAGGGAGAUCAAACCAGGUUUUGCCAAUGAAGCCCACACUUCCAUCCAAGGAUAGCUCUUGUCAAGAGUCAAGACUAGUUGAUCAUCUUGAGGCCUAUGUCUAUGUGUCAAUAUUAUUGGUGGUGUUAACAUGCAUUUUGGAGUGCACCCAAAAAUGUUGAAAAGUCUGUAAUUAGCUCUGGGCUUUCAUUUCUGGAGGUUAUGUUGACAAGUGAUGAAAUUCCUGUAUAGUUGUAAAUGAUUUAUUUUCCACACAUUACGAAGAGUUUCUACCAACUUAACAAAACAGUGUUUUAUUCUUCCACCAUUUUUGGAACGCAGUCAAUGGAUGGUAAAGAAAAACAUAAUAAGACAAAAAGUAGGGAAAAAAGUAAUGAUGAA